CAGCGGGGACAAUCAAAUCUCCUUCAAUGCACACCACAUAUUAUUUGACGUUCGCAACAAGUAAAAACCAUUGCAAAACAGCCAGCGGAAUAUCUGUUCCUCCAAUCUUGAAGAAAAACGGCCAAUGGGAACAACUGUGAUCGACUCACAUUUCUUGGCCCUCACUGCAAUUGUAACUGUUGCUUAUCAAUUAAUCUUCUUCGUCAUCACCGCUCUUCUUAGAUUCGACAAGGUCACCGACUUUGCAGCAUGGACCAAUGUGAACUAUGACGCAAGAAAUGGGGACGUAUCAAUUGGUGAUAUUGGAGCCAUUGAUUGGGAGAGGGUUCAAAUAUUAAAAGAUAAAUUGGAAAUAGUAAUGAGUAGCACAAAUUUCGUUCUACUAGCAGUGUUGACCUUGGUUGUGAAGGGAUCAUGGCAUUUUCGACAGGUGGUUUUGUCUGUACUCGUAGUCAUCUGGGGUCUUCGUCUAGGCCUGUUUCUAUUAAUGAGGAUACUGCGCUGGGGUGAGGACCGUCGCUUUGACGAAAUGCGCGACAAUUUGGGGAAAUUGGCUGUUUUUUGGGUUUUUCAGGCUGUGUGGGUAUGGACUGUGAGUUUACCUGUAACAGUUGUUAACGCAAGUGAUCGAGACCCUUCUAUUCAAGUUGUGGAUAUCAUAGGAUGGAUAAUGUGGGCUUUAGGCAUUUUUGUUGAAGCAACUGCUGACCAGCAAAAAUUAACAUUUAAGAAUUCGCCAGAGAAUAGGGGGAAAUGGUGCAAUGUUGGACUCUGGAAGUUUUCUCGCCAUCCCAAUUACUUCGGCGAGAUUUUUCUGUGGUGGGGAAUAUUUGUGGCCGCUACACCUGUACUCGAAAAUGCAGAGUGGCUCGUCAUCCUUGGACCAUUAUUUCUUACAUUAUUACUUCUUUUUGUCAGUGGCAUACCACUCCUCGAGAUAUGCACUCUUCACUUAAAAAUCUUACUCCUGCAGGAGUCGGCUGACAAAAAGUAUGGAAAUGUUCCUGCAUACAGACAUUAUAAAAAAACAACAAGUCCUCUCUUACUUCUUCCACCGGCACUGUAUGGCAACUUGCCUGCAUGGUUUAAAGCAACAUUUUUAUUCGAGUUUCCUUUCUACAGUAAGAGUCUUCCCCAAGAGAACUGGAAUAGAAGAAGUCAGCAAAGGACCAAAGCACUGAAGAUUAUUAAUUAAUGAGUCUGAAGAAUCCAUCAUUUCUGUUGUGAUUGUAUUGUACUAUGAUCGUUGGAACUUAUCAGAGAACCUUCAUAUCCCUUUCACGUUUCCGUAUAUUAAUUGAAUUUGUUAUUUCUUUAGGAAGUGCUAACCGCUGCUCAUUGCUUAAAUUCAAUUACACCAAAAGUUGAAUCUUCAUUGAUCGAAACCUGCGGUUGAUGGACUUUAAAUUUUCUAAAUAUCAUGUUAUUUGCUUGCUCAACUAGGAUUAGUCACCCUAAUUAGUUGUUACUGUCUCG